GAGAGAGAGAGAGAGAGAGAGGGAGAGGCAGAUACGGAGGUCCACAGACAGCAGCGGCGUGCAGAGUGCAGCAUGCAGUCUGGCCAUUGACGCUGCAGUUGGAUUGAACACACAUGCACAGACAGACACACACACACACCCCUGAGGAGUGUAUGAGACAUGCCCAGGCUGUUGUCCAUGGACACACACACACUGGCAGGGCACCAGAGAGGAAAUACAGCAGACCCCUGAGCUGGAGGAGCUAUGGAGAGCAGCAUGUUUUUUGGUAACACAUGUCAAAAUGGCCUCAUGCCCACCCUGGUGCGCCCCACCCUGCCUGCCAUCCAGACCUCACUGGGCAUGAAGCAGUUUCUCCCCUUUCCAUUGGAUACGGCCACAGCCAUGAGCCUCUUCCCAGGAUUCAACACGAUGGACCCUGUGCAGAAAGCCGUCCUCCAUCACACCCUCGGCCUCCCUCCCACCGCAAAGAGAAAGCACGUCUCCUGCAGUGUUUGUCAGCUGAGGUUCAACUCACAGAGCCAGGCCUUGGCCCACUAUAAGGGGACCAAACACGCCAAGAAACUAAAAGCCCUGGACACUCCGAAGAGUAAGCUCAAAGGUUCAGUCGUCACCAAGGAAACCACCAACCAGGAGAUGGCCAAAGGCAUCAACACCUUGCAGCUCCACAACGCCACUGAUAGGAAAGAUGGCGUUCCUGGAGCAGUGCCCCUACCACUAUCCCCCGGGCUCAGACCGGCACUACCCUUGGCAUCUUUAACAACCCUCACAACGCCAACGCCGGCACCUGCGGCCUCAGCGAUACUCCCGAGCCCAACUGCAGCCGCAGCCACAGCCCCAGAGACUACCUCAGCUGCUGGAGGGGAAUUGGCUCUAGACUCACCCUCAGAACCAGACGUGCAGCCUGAGGCCGAACCCGAGGCGGAGACAGACGCGGAAACGGAGGAGGAGAAAGCUCGGCGUCUUCUGUACUGCUCGCUGUGCAAAGUGGCGGUCAACUCGGCGUCGCAGCUGGAGGCUCACAACAGCGGUACAAAGCACAAGACAAUGCUCGAGGCCAGGACCGGCGUGGGUUCCAUCAAGUCUUUCCCCCGGUCAGGAGUCAAAAGCAAACUGGCUACAACCACCAAAUCAACAACUGGCCUGCAGAACAAAACGUUUUACUGUGAGACGUGUGAUGUGCAUGUCAACUCAGAGACUCAGCUAAAACAGCAUAUCAGCAGCCGGCGCCAUAAAGACCGAGCAGCAGGUAAACCAGCCAAGCCUAAAUACAGCCCCUACAGCAAACCGCAGAAAGGCCAGACCAAGCAGCCGAUAAAGGUGUCUCUGGGUAAGGAGCGCCAGUGUUCGCCUCUGACCGCGCAGAUCAUACCUGCUCACCUGGCCGCAGUGGCAGCAGCCCUCAGCAACACGUUCACACACCGCACGAACCACGCCACCAACCACGGCCCAACCCCCGCCCUCUUCCAGACACAGACCCUCCCCGCCGCGCUGCUCCGGCCGGCCCCCGGGCCUGUCAGGACCUCCCACCCACAAGUCCUAUUUGCCCCUUACUGACCUGUCGGACCGGAGCGGUUCUGCACCGCCUCCUGUUAAGGACCAAACCAAGUGCUUCACCCAGACCAGGCCGAGGAGUCGCGUCAGCAUCUGCACUCCUUCUAUGCAUCCGGGAACAUCUUCUCACCUCUCCUCAUAUGGAUUAUCCCACAUUUACAGCUAACCGGACUCCAGUGAAGCAUUGGGCGGUAUACAGUAUGCUUUCUGUGCCAUCCUGCAGCCCAUUGCUCAUACCCGUAACCCCCGGACCUGGACCUACAUUGUACCGCAAUAAUGUAUAAGACUAACCCCAGUGAACUAUGCAGAGUCAUUAUUUCACGAUGCAAGGCACAGUUUGAGCUCAAAAAAUGCGGUAGGGAUAAGCUUUUUGUAGAGCUACAGCGUGGCACUAAGAUCAUUGCUUCAGUGGAGGAAUAAUGUUGCUCAUAAUUUAAAAGGAUGUUAAUGAUAAGAGCGAGCAAGGCCCUCCUCUGUUCCUGUAUGCACUUUAAGCCCCUCCUCUGUUGAUGUCUACAUUAGAUGGCUAGACUGGGUUAGAUUGUAUGUGUAUGUGUCGUGAUGUGUGUUUUAGUAUCUGUCCUUGCAUAUCCAUAUUGUGUGUGCAAGUGUGUGCUUCUGCGUGCGUGUGUGUGUGUGUGUGUGUGUGGGUGUGUGUGUGUAUGUGUGCGUUUAUGCUUCCCAUCCACCGUAAGCAAUCCUUGUUGAUAUCCAGCACACAUUGUCAGUGACCAUGUCUUGGGCCAGAGGGACCACACAGGCUUGUGUAUAUUAACUGUCAGUGUUUAAAAGGUGAACAAUUUCAAAUAAAAGAGUCCUAAUUUGUUAAUGCUCGUGA